UAUUAGUUCGGACCGAUUGAAUGCCUUCUGAUACGGCAAAUCGACGCAUGAUUAGCGUGAUUGUUAUGCGAGUCUUGCUUUUGCAUUUAAACUUUAACUUUAUUCAACUAUGCAAGGCAAGACUUCGUUCUAAUUUUGGCUUUUGAGCGGCAAGGUUAAAUAACACAUUUUAUGUGAAUGGCCAGACGAAAGCUCAAACAUGAUUGGCUGGCAGUUUAUUCGUUUUGAUUCUCUUCUUUCGAAUCUAUGCUUUUGACGGUCAUCAACUCUUCAUCAUGUCAACAACAUCUCAAGCUUGUUUCCCUCCCAUUCUUGCUGCCUUGCAAGAUAGUACUACUCAAGCUCAUCGAGCAAGGAAUGUCAUCGUUUGUUUGGACGGCACAGGAGAUCAAUUCGAUAAUGAUAACUCAAACGUCGUCAAAUUCUUUGCGGCUCUCAAAAAGGAUGAUCCAACUCAAUUGACCUAUUAUCAAACAGGCGUUGGCACGUACUCUAGUUCGUACAAAGGCUCUCUUAAAAAAGGCUUCUCUGCCGGCUUGGAUAUGGCCGUUGGCGCUUCCCUUGGCGUUCAUGUUCGAGAAGCUUAUUCGUUCCUCAUGCAAAAUUAUCGAGAAGGCGAUAAAAUUUGUUUGAUCGGUUUCUCAAGAGGCGCAUAUACUGCUCGUGCCUUAGCUGGCAUGCUGCACAAAGUUGGCCUGUUACCCGCUCAUAAUCAAGCACAAAUCGCUUUCGCUUAUAGAUGGUACAAGGAUGAUUCCGAGUAUGGCUGGAAAAUGAGUGCAGACUUCAAAAGAACAUUCUCGAUUGAUGCUGAUAUUCAUUUUCUUGGUUGCUGGGAUACAGUUGCAAGUGUGGGGUUCAUUCCUAGAAUCUUACCCUUCGCAAAAACCAACAAUAGAUCUGUUCGCUAUUUCCGACAUGCUCUUGCUUUAGAUGAAAGACGUGCGAAAUUCAAAGCCAAUCAUUGGUUCCAACGUGAUGAAUUGUACCAUACCGAGGAGGAAGAAGGAGGUCAUCAAGACGAGCCUGAACACAUCUUGGAUGCUGAUAAUGGCAAAGAAAUCAAAGGAGAUGGUAAGUCAUAUGCUGAGUAUGAAAUGAUGAAAAAGUUCAAUGAGAUCGAUCGAAAGGAAUUCGGCAAUUAUGGACAGCCGACGGAUGUGCUGGAAGUAUGGUUUUUGGGAUGCCAUGCAGAUUGUGGUGGUGGUGCGGUGGCCAAUGACACUCGUCAUAUGGUUUCUCGUAUUCCGUUACGCUGGAUGUUACGUCAAACAUUUGAAUGCAAUACCGGCAUCUUGUUCCAUACAGAUGUCUUGGCAGAGCAUGGCUUGGACGUGGAGACUCUUUGGCCAAAAUGUGUAACACGUAAAGCACCCUCAUGCAGCCCACCACCAUCUGCUUUGGACGAGUAUGCAAGCGGAACGUUGCCCUCUUUAGUCAAACGACGUGAUAGUGUCAGACAAUGCAGUCCGAUGGGCAGCAUGACACGUUCAGUAUCGACUGUGAGCUCCUGGCGUGAAACGGGUGUUUUGCCUGAAAUGCAUGAAGAUUAUUUCGAUUCUCUGGCGGAAAUUAAUGAUCAGCUUGUACAAGCAAAAGGUUGGUGGAUGUUGGAAUUAUGGCCGGUGAAGUAUCGUAUCAAAACCGACUUGGGUGAAUGGAAGAAAAAGAUUGGUCCAAAUAUGGGCAGAUAUCGUACAAUCCGCACAAAGACGACAAAUUUACAUUGGACAGUCGUUCAACGUCAAGAGAGCAAGAAUUACAAAAUCAAAUGUUUAGCCGACGAUGGUUGCAAAUGGAAUAUCAUUUAUUAG